AUGGGCCCCUGUACCGCCUCCUCAUGCUGCUGCCAGGCCCGUAAUCUGCCAUGGGCCCCUGUACCGCCUCCUCAUGCUGCUGCCAGGCCCAUAAUCUGUCAUGGGGGCCCCUGUACCGCCUCCUCAUGCUGCUGCCAGGUCCAGAGUGUGUCAUGGGUCCCUGUACGGCCUCCCAUUGCUGCUGUCUCCAUCGCCACACUCUGCCCUGUGCCACUUUCAGGUCUCCUCACACUGCUGGUGGGUUCCAUUUUGUCAUAGGGUGCUGGCAGAAUACGGGCCUCCCAUUGCUGCUGCCAGGCCCGUAAUCUGCCAUGGGCCCCCGAACCGACUCCUCAUGCUGCUGCCAGGCCCGUAAUCUGUCAUGGGCCCCUGUACCGCCUCCUCAUGCUGCUGCCAG